UCUUCUUCCAUGGCUCGAAUACUCUUGCAAGUAACAAGACAAGGUAGGUUGGCGAUCUGCUCGAGGCAAGUUAAAUAUUUCAUCAGAGUAUCGCGGUUCUUUUGCCGUAAUUCUGGAACGAGGUCAGUGGUAGAAGAGAUCUUCCACAGACUGUCCUGCCUCAGGCCUCAAAGAACAGGUGAUCCAAGCAGGUAGUGAAUGUCCGGAACGGAACCAAACGAGGAGGAUGGGGGGUCCCGAGGAUCUGGUAGGUUUCCCCGGUGGCGGCCGUGCCGCCAACUUCCGCCAACUUAGUACCGUAUGUUGGAAUGGUCUGUGCAGGGGAAUGUGAGGCCAGUUGGAUUGACAGCAACCACAGCCACAGCCACCCCAAGAGGCAGCGGUGUGAAGCUAUGUCUGGGUUUUUGAUUUGCCAUGACUUUUUCCCAGGCCGGAGACCUCACAACUGCAGCCGAAUCAGGAAAAGUUGUCCACGAAUUAACAGGAUGAUGUCUUCGGAAGGUAUCUCGACCGAGUCUGGGGAGAGGAGGCGUGACGGCCCGCUCGUUCGAGCAAGGUGGGAACUUGCGGAGCAAGCACAGCCCUAUGUGAUGCAUGCAUGUAUGCGCUGGACACUGGGCGCUGGACACUGGGCGCUGGAUGCUGGACGCUGGAUGCUGGACGCUGGAUGCUGGACGCUGGAUGCUGGACGCUGGAUGCUGGACGCUGGAUGCAUCGAUGCAAGACGCGGGCAUGUUGCCUUUGCAAGCAAGAGGCUUUCUCCACGCCAUCUCACUCGCCCAGACAUGGUCUCGGGAGAAAACAAAGUUAGGGUGGUGGUCAUGCUUGCUGCCGGCAGUAGGGCUGAGCUGUCUCAUCCAAGGUGCCGGAUAACGUUUAGACGUGCGGCGAAGCUGAUCGGCGUUGCCUCGAUUGGUCUCCAAUUGGCCCUCUUUAUUGGCCAAAGCUCGGAGGACACACAGCAGACCGGUUUGGUGAUUCCGGGACCUGGCCGGAAGAACACUCGGUUCCAGAACUCAAAGCUCUCGUUAUAAUCAGCUGCUACAUACUCAAAUGUGGGGGAUUUCAGGCCGAGGAGCCAAACGAACGCUAAAGUCGCCAAUGA